UUUCUCCCUCACUGACCUCGCUUCACUGUUUCUCAUUCCUUCAUUCGCUCUCACUCUGCAACAAUGUUCACUGAAGGUCUAGACGAAACCGCUAUCAACUGGGUCAAACAGAAAUCAGAUGUAAAUCAAGAACCCAGAGUUCGUUCUCCGUUAGCAGAGAGACACUCACGUGACUCAUAUGACCCGUCGUUUCCGAAAUCUCCCUUACUGUACAAUUCCAACACUAGCCUUAUGUCUCCCCAUGGUUUACCUCCCUUAAAGUUCCACUCUGGCUUAUUAAAACCUCACAGUGUUCUGGCUCCUCGUCUUGGCGACAGUGAAGACGAUGAUGAUAAUGAUUAUGUCGAUGAGAGUGUAGCCUCAGUUUCUGAUAAUAUGGAUUUGAAUUACACUGAUGAAGAAGAAGAAGAACACUUAAGGUAUUGUAAUGAAGCUGACGAGGAGGAGAUGUUUGGUCAUAAAUCUUGCAACACAAAGUUGAAUAGAGGCUUGUUGAACAAUUUAAAGAUUGAAGUACCUGAGAUUAAUCGGAGAUUUACUGAUGGUGAUUCGGGAAUUAAAAAAUCUUCCCAGAAACUUUUGACUCCAAGUUCUGGCAGCAACAUUAGUUCGCUACUUCGCGAACGAGUUCAACUACGCAAUGCACAGCGUACUGCAAGUUGUGGAAACACCCUGCUCAAGGAGGUAGAUGAUAUGGGAACUCCUAGUGCACCUCCUAUCAUGGAAGUUGGAACAGAAGGUAAGAGCCCUGAGGUUGAGGCACAAAUGGAGCAAACUGGUGGGAUUCAUGGGUCCAGAGAAUCGGUGAGUCUUGAUGGCAGUAAGGAAGGUAUGACAGACUGGAAAUCACAGUCUCAAAGAGGCAGUGAGAUUGAUGAAAGAUUAAACAGUACAAUACCUAGGGAAAAGGAAGAAAAAUUACCUUACUGGCAAACCAACUCAUCGGACAACUCACAUUAUUAUAACACUAGAGAUCAAUUUGUGCAAACUCUAAUAGCUUAUGAUGCUUGCAUCCGCUUAUGCCUCUAUGCUUCAAGAGGCUGCACAGAGGCCCCUGAGUUUCUGCGUGAUGAGUGUGUGGUGCUUCGUAGUGCAUUUGGGCUUCACAAAUUCUUGUUGCAACCUCGAGGUGUACAACCAAUAGAAUUGACACUACUAAGGGAGCAGAACGUAUACCCUGUGAAGGCAAAGAAAGUCAUGGGGAAGAUAAAGUUGAAGGUAAGGAAAUUGCGAAUAAUACCGAGGCGGAAACUUAGGAGCACAUAUUCACUCCGAAAUGCUAUGUACAUGCAAGCAGGAGCAGAGUAUGUUCGACAUGUUUCAACUCUAGUGAAAACUGGCAUCAAAACCCUCAAACUAGCCUCAUUUUCAGUACAAUCAGAAGAGACUCUUUCAUGCUUAUUCCAAUUGAAGAGUGCUACAGAAGACGCUGAAGCUGAGAAAGGUUCUGCUGUAUGCUUGCUUCCUGGAAAUGGUGAUUGUCAUGUCUUUUUUCCAGAGAAUGAGGGGGAUGCUCUUUUGGUAGAAGUCCAAGAUAAGAAGAAUUCAAUCCAGGGUCGAGCUACCAUUCCAGUUUCAUCCUUGACUGAUAACCCUAAUGACAGAAUUCGAUGGUGGCCCAUAUACCAUGAUGAUCAGGAAUGUGUUGGGAAGAUCCAGCUAUCCAUUGGUAGUACAAUCACAUCUGGCGAGAGUAAUCAUAUAAAGAGUGGAUCUGUGGUGGAGACCUUAGCAUAUGAUUUACUAUUGGAGGCUGCAAUGCGGGCACAACCUUUUCAUUCCAGAAACCUGAGGCCACAAGGACCUUGGAAGUGGUUGUUGACUGAAUUUGCAGAUUACUAUGGAGUUUCUGAUUCAUAUACUAAACUCAGACAUCUUUUACAUGUAAUGAAUGUGGCAACUCCAACAAAAGACUGCUUAGAACUUGUGAACGAGUUACUUGUACCUAUUCUAAAGGCAAGGAGUGAGAAAAGUUUGACUAGGCAGGAGAAAAGCAUGCUGUUAGAUUGUGAAACUCAAAUUGAGAGUCUCUUGCAAAAUGUUUUUGAGAACUACAAGUCCUUGGAUGAAAACUCUCCUACAGGGCUGGCAGACUUGCUUGGUCCAACACAAGAAUCUGUGGCACCAGCCCUAGCUUCUGCUGUCCAAGUGUACUGCCUCCUCCAUGAUGUACUAUCUCAAGAUGCCCAGACUAUGCUGAGAAACUACCUACAGACAGCAGCGAAGAAAAGAUGCCGGAAGCACUUGCUUGAGACUGAUGAGUUUGUUUCAAGCAACUCUGACAGUUUCCUCAUGGACUCCAUUACCAUCUCAACAGCUUAUUUAAAGAUGAAGAACUUGUGUAUAAACAUUGGCAAAGAAAUUCAAUCAGACAUCAAGAUACACAACCACCACAUACUUCCGAGUUCAAUUGACCUGUCAAACAUUGCAGCUGCUGUUUACAGCACUGAGUUGUGUAACAGGCUUAGAGGUUUCCUUGCUGCCUGGCCUGCAUCCAGCCCACUGCCACAUGUUAAUGAACUUCUAGUUGCUGUUGCUGAUUUUGAACGGCAUCUUGAGUCAUGGAAUAUCAGUCCUGUGCAGGGUGGGGUUGAUGCAAGGGGUCUUUUCCAUGAUUACAUAAUGCUUUGGGUGGAGGAUAUGCAACUUAAGUUACUUGACCUCUGCAAAAUGGAAAAGGUCCCAUGGUCUGGAGUUACAACAAAUCAGUCCACUUCACCAUUUGCUGAGGAAAUGUACGAGAAAAUUAAAAACUCUCUUAUUGAAUAUGAAGUAGUGAUCAAUCACUGGCCUCAGUAUUCACUGAUACUGGAAAAUGCUGUUGCCAAUGUAGAAAGGGCAAUCAUAAGAGCACUAGAGAAACAAUACAAUGAAAUUUUGACUCCUUUGAAAGAUAGCAUUCCAAAAAGGCUAAAUCUUCAUGUUCAAAAGCUUACAAGAAGACAGUCAACUACACUUUAUUCUGUUCCUAGUCAGUUGGGAACAUUCUUGAACACCAUUAAAAGAAUACUGGACAUCUUACAUUGUAAAGUGAAGGACAUCUUAAAAUCUUGGGCGUCCUACCUGCCUGUUGUUGGAGAUAAGAAGUCACUCUUUGGCGAGCAGAUGAAUGAAGUGACAGUGCUGCUGAGAACAAAAUAUAAAACGUACUUGCAGGCAACAGUGGAGAAGCUAGUCAGUAACAUGCAAACUAAUCGGAACACACGGCUUAAAAGGAUUCUGGAGGAAAUAAACGAAGAAGAUGGAGAAGCCGAGGUCCGUGAAAAAAUGCAGAUGUUGUGUUCACAACUCAUUGACUCUAUAUCCAACUUGCAUGGAGUCUUCAUAAGUCGGAUAUUCAUUGCAACCUGUCGUGGAUUCUGGGACAGGAUGGGACAGAUUGUUCUGAAGUUUCUUGAAGGUAGAAAGGAAAAUCAAGUGUCCUAUAAUGGAUCUUAUUAUGCUCUUGGUAUUUUGGACGACACAUUUGCUUCCCACAUGCAGCGAUUGCAAGGAAAUUCACUGCAAGAGAAAGAUCUAGAGCCUCCACGCUCUGUAGUUGAAGCUCGAUCUAUUCUCUGCAGAGAUGCCGCAAAUACAACAGAUACAUCUUCAUACUACUAUGUCUAGACUGAAAAUCUUCCAUCGUCGAUUUGAUGUUGCCUUACGAUUUCUGCAUAGGUGUACAGUGAUCAAAAUCUUCACUGCAUAUGAUUAUUUAUAUUCUUUUUGUACAUGUUGAACCAUAAUGCUUGAGAAACUCAUUCUUUUGUAACAAUUUUUUGAUCGAUAGCAAUAAAGGCCCGGGGAAAUU